AGUUGACAAGACAGCAGAGAGUCCAGGCAGGAUUCUGAGGAGCCUUGUCCUAGUGAAAACCGAGACAGCUGCUUCUACCUUCAGAGCAACCAUGGGAGACCAUGUUGGUGGUGAUCAUAUGAAGGAGAAUCUGCUUCAGCUGAGAUGUCACUUCACAUGGAGACUACUGAUUGAAGACCUUGACAUACCUGAUUUGGAAAUGAGAAUCUCAGAGGAGGUUGAAUUCCUAGAUAUCAAGAACCCAGCGGGGAUGCACAACCUGCUGGCCUAUGUGAGGCAUCUGAAAGGCCAGCAUGAGGAAGCCCUGCAGAGCAUGAAGGAAGCAGAAGCCUUGAUCCAGGGGGAGCAGCUGGACAAGAGAAGCCUGGUGACCUGGGGCAACUGUGCCUGGGUGCAUUACCACAUGGGCAGCAUGGCAGAGGCCCAGACCUACCUGGACAAGGUAGAGAAGACUUGCAAGGAAUUUGCAAGUCCCUUCCGCUAUAGGAUGGACUGUGCCGAGAUGGACUGUGAGGAAGGCUGGGCCUUGCUGAAGUGUGGAGGACAGAAUUAUAGACGAGCCAUGGCCUGCUUUGCAAAGGCUCUGGAAGUGGAGCCUGAAAACCCUGAAUACAACACUGGCUAUGCCAUUGCUGCCUAUCGUGAAGACUUUGAUGACAAUAAUAUUUCUCUGGAACCCCUGAGGAAGGCUGUCAGGUUAAAUCCAGAAGAUCCUUAUCUUAAAGUUUAUCUUGCCCUGAAGCUUCAGUAUGUUGGAGAAAUAGCUGAAGCAGAAACACACAUUGAAGAAGCCCUCAGCAGCACAUCCUGCCAAACAUAUGUCUUUCGCUAUGCAGCCAAGUAUUACCGAAGGAAAGGAUGCAUAGGCAAAGCUCUCCAUUUUCUACACAGGGCUUUGCAGGCAUCACCUGACUCUGGCUACCUGCAUUACCAGAUAGGGCUCUGCUACAGGCAACAAAUUAUCCAACUGAAGAUUUCCAGGUACAGGCAGCCCAGAAUCCAGGGCAAUUUGCAGGAAUUGGCAGAACAGGCCAUUCGUGCAUUUCAACAGACUUUGAAACUGAGGCCUACAGUUGAGAUGGCUUAUGUUUGCAUGGCUGAAGUGCAGGCAGAAAUUCACCAAUACGAAGACGCAGAGGCAAAUUUCCAGAAGGCACUGAACAUGAGGAAUGUUGAUCAUCACAUACAGCAGGAUAUUCAUUUGCGAUAUGGCCGUUACCAACAAUUUCAUCAGAAAUCAGAAGAUAAGGCGAUCACCCACUACUUAAAAGGUCUAAAGAUAGAAGAAUCAUCCUUUGCCUGGAGGAAACUUCUUACAGCUUUGGAAAAAGUGGCUGAAAGACGUGUUCACCAGAAUGUGCAACUUGUGGAGAGCAUCGGCCUCCUUGGGUUAGUCCACAAACUGAAAGGGAGCAUGCUGGAUGCCCUGCAGUGUUAUGAGAGAGCUCUGAGGCUCACAGGGAAAAUGAAUCCUGAAUUUUGAAUGCAGCUCAACUCUGUGAAGCUAAUGGACUCAUCACUGAGGGUUCCUGCUCUCCUUUCUGAUAGCUUUCUCCAGAACUGCAUGGCUUGCUGAAAUGCCAAGUAUCUUAAUGCAUUUGCUCCUGCCACCUCUCUCAACUCUCAUAUUCAUUGUUAGGUCUAGAAGGACUGUCCAUGCCCACUACUCCUAGUCACUUAAUGACCAUGACUGACUCCUGCUGUUCUGGAGUCCUGUGACUCCAUGUUUUUCUUCACGUGUGUUCCUUAGGUAGGAAAGUGUUCCAUCCUCUGCCUGCCAGUGUCCUUGACAACAAAGACUAUCCAAGAAGGUUUCAUUUUAGAGCACCAGAAACUGUUACUACUGUGCAAUCUCAGAGCAAGACAUCUGAGCAAAGGAGAGAGUUUGAAAGCAGGAGAUGUCUCACGUUAGUGGGCACUUAUCAGCCAAGAAAACUUUUGGUGUGUUAGAGAAAUAGAAGAAAGACCUUCCUUAGGUUGCAUAUACCGAAAAUUACAUAAAUAACUUUAUUCAAUAUUUGUAUGAUAAAAAUAUUCAGUGAUAGCAAAUUCAGUAACAAAUUCAGUAUAUCUUGCUGGUGACAUUUUAAAAGAUGAAAUUGCAUGUUUGUAUAGAGUCUUGUUUACCUUUUAUUCUCAGCUUGAUUUCUGGGGUCAUCUGGACAGGCCUACCCCCAUCAGACUUGGGUUAUGGGCAUAUUGUGGGGUUUUUUUUGUUUGUUUGUUUUGAUUCUUUACUGUUGUAGGCCCCAGCCCAUUGUUGUAGGUUUCAUCCCUAGGCAGGUCAUCUUGACCUGUAUAAGAUAUCUAGCUGUGCAUCUUCCAGGAAGUAAGCCAGCAAGCAGAAUUUCUUCAUGAUUCCUACUGUUUUCUGCCUUGACUUCUUGCCCUGAGUUUCUUCCAUGAUUUAUUGUUAUCUUUAAGUGUAAGUCAAAUAAACAUUUUCCCCCAA